CAAAGUCGCGCCGCCGUCGCCUCGCACGCACGAACGCCAUCACUUCGUCGCUUACCCAUCAGACAGACAAACAAGGCCGAAACUCCACGACGUCCCCCGCUCGGCAGCAGCAACAGCCGAGACCCUAGCGCAGCAUGGCUUGGACAACUGCGGCCACAGUGUGCUGGCGCCUGCUCCACCUCCCCUCCGCCCGCUGCCCUCUCUCGUCCCGGGCCCGGUGUUCCGCUGCGCAGAGCCCAGACGCCGUGGACAAGGAGUACGCCGACCUCAACCUCCGGCCUCUGUACCCCAACAGGGGCCAUCACAUGCGCAUACGGCAGCACGUGAACCCGCUCAGCUCAUCCUUCUCGGAGCCCACGGGGCCGCCAGAGUGGAAGGAGGUGUUCGACGACCCCUUGCUUCCCCUCAUGGUCGACAUCGGCUGCGGGAGUGGGAGGUUCUUGAUUUGGCACGCGAAGAAUUCUGGCAAGAGUCAGAACUACCUUGGGCUAGAAAUCCGCCAAAAGUUGGUGGAGCGGGCACAGUUCUGGGUGAAUGAAUUGGAGCUUAUGAACGUCUAUUUUAUGUUUGCAAAUGCAACAGUGUCUUUUGAGAAAAUCAUAUCGUCAUACCCUGGUCCCUUGUCACUUGUUUCAAUACUGUGUCCUGAUCCACACUUCAAAAAGAGGCAUCACAAAAGAAGAGUUCUGCAGCAACCAUUGGUCGAUUCAAUCAUAAAUAAUCUCUGUUUAGGCGGACAGGUUUUCAUACAAUCUGAUGUACUGGAAGUAUCUGUAGACAUGAGGGAAAGGUUUGAUGGGUACUCUGGUAUUUUGGCACAUGUUAAUUAUGUUGAUCAAGAUCUUCAGUGUGACAAUGAAGGAUGGCUUCUGGACAACCCAAUGGGAAUCCGGACAGAGCGAGAAAUCCAUGCAGAGCUUGAAGGAGCAACGAUAUACAGGAGGGUGUACCAAAAGGUUAGAGAUGCUUCUUUCUAGCUGUUUAUCAGCUACAGAAGUUGUCCAAGGAGUAAGGUUUCCAAGAAUGUUCAUUGCAUGUAUUCCAUUAAGAGAAGUUGGGAAAAAAAACAAAGCAUCCAAGUACAAAGCCUGGCGAACCAAAACAAAGAGAAGCCCAAGCAGUAACACCUGAUGUCUUCCUGCUUGAACCAUGCCACAAGUUGCCUUUACUACAUCAAGCUGCAUUACAUUUCUGACAGUGCGCUUGUGCACAUCUAAUCUUUUUUUUCACCUGAUGCAAUGAGUCAGAUUAGCCAAUGCUUUUGAUGAAGAUGACAACUGGCAUAAGUGUUCCUUUGUUGGUCAGAUUGUACUUAUGGUGUUUAGCAUCGGGUGCUGUCUUCGUUCUGUCC